GUCUGGUGUCCAAGUUCAACUAGACAUGCUGGAAGAAGCUGGAUACCAUGUAGUGGUCAGACAUGUGGCUCUUUCAUUACUCAGGUUCUUCUUCAUUCUGAAGAAGUCUCUCACCCGUGAGAAUGUGGCCGCUGGACUUCGGCGGUGUUGCCACCAUGCUGUUGCCUUUCACUUCCGCCUCGCAGAUGCCCAGAACACCCCUGCAAAUGCAAGCGCUGCCGUGUUGGCGGGCAAGGAAUUGCAGAGUCUUGCCUGCUUGGAGUUGGACUCUUGUGCCUGGGUAACAUCGUCUGUUGCCUGGGCCCAGACACAUGGCUGUACACAACAACAUCUGGAUGACUUGCCGCCCGAAGGGCUGGAGAUUGUGAGCCUGUUCCAGUCCCCGCGCCAGCGCUUGAUGAUGGGACUUUUGUGUGCAGUGCACGGCCGAACUUUCCUACAGCAUGGGUUGGUGGACACCUCCCAGAGUAUCCAAAUGUGCCAGGUGCAGCUGCAUGCCGACUCUGGCUGCAAGAGCAUUUCGACCACAAGUGCCAUCUUUCACUGUGGCAAGAAGAUGUUCCUCGGCCCUGGACAUAUGGCUGCCGUGCUCGGAUUCCCGCCCGAGAUGGUGAAGGCGCUGCACAAGAUGGGUCAGUGCAACCUCAGCCUGGCCUGCAGUCUGGUCGGCAACAGCAUGCACGUGCCGACCCUUGCUUGCUCUUUGUGGGCGCUGCUCUCGUCGAUCACUGAGGACAGCCACUAG